CCGGCGAUUCUGUUGCAUUCAGUAUUUGUACGCGUACCGGCGUACGUACACCGUAAGUGCACAGGAAAUUGUCAUUUUUCACAAUGCUCAAAAUAAUAUCACCACAAGGUGCGUACUACGUACCGCAUUGAAACCGUUGCUGUGUUUGCUACACUGAUGGAUACCGAAUCAAUAUCAAUAAUCUGUAAGAUUUACACCGGAAGCGAAGCAACUGAAGAAGUUUUGCGGGCAACAGGCAGAUUUUAACCGGAAGACCGCAAUUUCCCACGGAAUUAAGGCAAUAUGAUUGUGUCAAUACUCCUGGCUGCCUUGGCAUUACUGAGCUUUCUGGACCCGUUGUCAUCGCAGGAUUCCAGCUCGGGCACCCAGUUCCCCAGUUUCCCCAGUGGUGCUGGCACGAAAUGCAGCGGAUCCGGAUGCCAGGUGACCGGCAGUGCGGCCUCGUCCGGGACGCCCGGAUCGCAGAACGGGUUCAGCCCGGCGGACACGGCCAACUCCAUCCGGCGCAUCCAGGAGGGCAUGGGCGCCAACAUCAACAAUCUUUUCGGCCCGGCACCGGCCGCCGUGUCCGUGCAACGUCCACAGCCCAGUCCGUCCGGCGGCGAAGUGCCCCGCGUGAUCCAGAUCACCGACCAGGGAUCCGGAAAUCGCAGUCCCACCGUCGCGUCCGCGUCAACGACAUCCGCCGGUUUCUUGCUCUUGACAUUUGCUUUCUUUGCUUGUCUGCUGUGAGCAGAAUCUCCAUAAUCAAAAUACCGACUUAAGAAUACGGUUAAAAAGUGUUUAUCUUUUAACUUGUUCGGUAAAAGCGUUCGCUUUGGAUUGCUACGAUACUAAUGACGCUCAUGAUAUGAAAAUUAUUAUUAAGCUAGUUUCUCUUAGUUCCUGAUUUGCUCCUUCGAUUUUUAUUGCUUAUACAACAUGAAGUCGAUGUUUUUACCCGAACUCUCGCUUUUUCCGGUGUGUAUAAAAAUUCAUCAUUUA